GAAAAUUGCGAUACACACAUGCACACUACUGUACUGUACUGUAACACUGCAUGCAUUGAUGAUAAUGUAAAUCAUGCACAUAUGCCAGGUCACGUCAAUGGCGAUGAGCUAGCUGAAAAGACGACACUGGAAUAUGGUGAACGAAACCCUGUAAUCGCCGUAUUUGUUUCUAUAUUUUGAUGAUUAACACGGGCCAGUAGAAGCACCAACAUGUCUGUGACACUGAAGAAGGUGAAGGGGAGCUUGGAGAGGGUGUUUGAGAAGAAUCUGCAGGAUUUGGUCCGUGGUAUUCGCAGCAACAAGGAUAAUGAAGCUAAAUACAUCUCAUCAUGUAUGGAGGAGAUCAAGCAGGAGUUGAGGCAGGAGAACUCAGCAGUCAAGGCCAAUGCAGUAGCGAAGCUGAUUUAUCUAAACAUGCUUGGUUACGACAUCAGCUGGGCAGCCUUCAACAUCAUCGAAGUGAUGAGCUCACCCAAGUUCACCUUCAAACGUAUCGGGUACAUGGCCGCUGCCCAGAGCUUCCACGAAGGAACGGAUGUCCUCAUGCUUACCACGAACAUGAUCAGAAAGGACAUUAACAGUGUCAGCCAGUAUGAAGCGGGCGUCGCCAUGGCAGGGCUUGCAUGUUUCACCUCCCCUGAUAUUGCCAGAGAUCUGGCCAAUGACCUCAUGAGUCUGAUGGCAUCUACAAGGCCUUAUAUCAGGAAGAAGGCAGUGCUCCUCAUGUACAAGAUUUUCCUCAAGUUCCCUGAUGCACUGAGACCGGCCUUCCCAAGGCUGAAAGAAAAGCUUGAGGAUCCAGAUCCAGGUGUCCAGUCUGCAGCGGUGAACGUAAUCUGUGAGCUGGCCAGGAAGAACCCAAGGAACUACUUAUCACUCGCACCACUAUUCUUCAAGCUAAUGACAUCCUCUACCAACAACUGGAUGCUCAUCAAGAUCAUUAAACUGUUUGGUGCCCUCACACCAUUAGAGCCUAGACUCGGAAAGAAGUUAUUAGAGCCCCUCACCAACCUCAUCCACAGUACUUCAGCUAUGUCCCUGCUGUAUGAGUGCAUCAACACAGUUAUAUCUGUUUUGAUUUCGUUGUCUUCAGGAAUGCCAGAUCACUCUGCGUCGAUUCAGCUAUGUGUGCAGAAACUGAGGAUUCUCAUUGAAGAUUCAGAUCAGAAUUUGAAGUACCUUGGUCUGUUGGCCAUGAGCAAGAUUUUGAAGACCCACCCCAAGUCGGUCCAAAGCCACAAGGAUCUCAUCUUAGACUGCCUGGAUGAUAGGGAUGAGUCCAUCAGACUAAGAGCACUUGAUCUACUCUACGGCAUGGUAUCAAAGAAGAAUCUGAUGGAGAUUGUGAAGAAGCUGAUGGUUCACGUGGACAAGGCAGAGGGAUCGGUGUACAGGGAUGAGCUUCUAGCUAAGAUACUCGAGAUCUGUAGCCAGAAUAACUACCAGUACAUCAUCAACUUUGAGUGGUACGUGAGCAUCUUAGUAGAGUUGACGAAGAUAGAGGGCACCAAACACGGUCACCUGAUUGCGUCUCAGAUGCUGGAUGUAGCUAUCAGGGUCAAAGCUAUCAGACCCUUCGCUGCCAGACAGAUGGCCACCUUACUGGAGAACACCCACCUGCUCAUCGGCACUGCGGCGCAGAGGAACGGCAUAUGCGAGGUGCUCUACGCCGCAGCAUGGAUAGUAGGGGAGUUCCCCGAAUACCUGGCCCAGCCGCAAGUCACCCUGGAGAAUAUGCUCAAGCAUAGGGUCACGGUCCUACCGGGCCAUAUACAAGGCAUCUAUGUGCAGAACAUCCUGAAGCUCUACAGCAACAUCCUGGUGAAGAUGGAAGAGGACGAUAGCAAGGAGGACGUGGUCAGAGUAACCCAGCUCCUCAUCGAGAAGCUUCCAUCUUUUGCAGAGAGUGCAGACCUGGAGGUCCAAGAAAGGGCAUGCUGCAUCCUGCAGCUGUUGAAAUACGUCAACAAGCUCCUGGAGAAAGAUGAGUGUGUGGCCACAGAGCUUGCUGAUCUCUUUGUAGGGGAACUUAACCCUGUGGCGCCCAAAGCGCAGAAGAAGGUCCCCGUACCAGAAGGACUGGACCUGGACAAGUGGAUCAACGCGCCUCCAUCCGACAGCUCUGAUGAGGAGGUCACCAUAGACACCAUGUUCAUCCAUGAUGCGCACAGGGUCAAGCACCAGAAGGAGGUGGUGUACGAGGUCCUGGAUGAGGAGGAGCUUGAGAAGAGGCGGGAAGCGAGGCGGGUGGAGCAGGCCAGCAACCCCCAUUACCUCAAGGAUGAUCGCAGCAGCAGCUCCAAGAAGAAAAAGCUCAAGGACCUCGCCGCAGAGAACGACGGUACUAACAGUAUCCCGGUGGCUCAGAUCGACCUCACCGUGCCUCUACACGUCCCAGGGGUUAAUGUCACAGACCAGUACAUGGAGCAAUCUAAGCCCAGUAGCAAGAAGAAACACAGGAAGCACAAACGGGGCAAGAGAGGGCGCCAUACAUCCGUCUCCAGCGAUGACAUUCCCGUCACUCACCAAGUCGACAUUGUUGGAGAAGAGAUGCCAGAGGGUGCUGUGCUAUCCGAUCAUGAAGAAGACGAUAGAGCUAUGGAUGACCCACAUAGAGCAUUGGACAUUGAUUUAGAGAGGCCACUGGAUGAGAGGGACCAUCUACCAGUGAGGAAGCAUCGGAACGCCCCUGAGCUGACCACCACACAGGAGGAGGCAGAGGUCAGCAAACUCCAAGAUAAACCAAAGAAGAAGAGGUCAAAGGAAAAGGAAACUAAGAAAACUUCCAAGGACAAGAAGAAGAAGAAAACCAAGUCCGCUAAAGUAGAAGAAAGUGGAGCUUCGGCAGGCCUGGAUCUGAUGGAAGGAGAAACCAAGGAGCCUGCAAUCAAUGGGAACGCAGAAGAGGCUCCUGAACCAGCCCCUGCUGCGCCCAAGGAGGUGGAGCCUGUGACGGCUCCUGCUGCUCCUGCACCUGCUCCAGCGGUGGAUGAUUUAAACUUCUGGUUAUCCCAAGACACGCCCACACCCCAAGGCAAACCCGCACCUGUUGCCCAAACCCCUAACCCCGCCCCUACCACCAACGGCAAUGUAGAAGAGAAGUCGUCCAAGAAACAUCGCAAGGACAAGAAGGUGAAAAAGGACAAGAAGAAGAAGAAAUCAGCGAGCAAGGAGAACUAUGAAGCAGUAGGAGAGAUAGAAGACAUCUCAGAAGAACAAACACCAGAUCCAGUCAUUCCUGCCAUGUCAAGUUAUAGGCUUCUUGCCGAGAACGAGUCCCUAAAGCUGACAUAUGAGACGAGGGUGGACCCCAAGCAGAACUCCCAAGUGGUCAUCUCUGUCAUCUUCACCAAUCUUACAUCUUCACACCUCAAAGCUCUGGAGUUCCAAGUCCUUGAUUCCCUCAACACCAAACUAAUACGAGACGCGGGAUCGCAGCAUGAUGGUGUGAAAGUACCGUUCCAGCUUCCCCCAGAGGCUUCCAACGAGGGCCAGUUUGCGUUCACCAUCCAUGCUAUCACCAUGCCACAGAAACUCAAAGGCACACUCACUUACAUGGUCAAGGAUGAUAAAGGUUCAACAAGUGAGAAGAUAGAUUUCAAGGUUAAUCUUCCAGUUUCUUCUUACAUGCUGGCCACACCAUGCAGCAGAGAGCAUUACUCAGAGCUACUAGCCAAUGGUGAGCUCUCGGCCAAGAACUCCUUUACCACACCCCCAGGGGGCGUCGACUUUGCCAUCACCCUGGCCCGGGUGUGCUUCCACUCCCACAUGGCGGUGGUGGAGAGGGUGGAGCGGACUGCAUCACUCUUCAGCUGCUCCAUGAAGGGACAUCAAGUCUGUGUGCUACUCAAGACAAUGGAUGGUGGAGGUGUUUCAGUCGACGGCAAAUCCAACGAUUCCAGUUUACUGUCCAACUAUCUAGAUGAAAUCAAGGCGACCGUCUUGGAAUCGUAGGAGAGAGACAGCAUUGCCGAGAAAUCUAAUAUAUACACUAACAAGUCUCACUUUUUAGCGAUGAUACUAUCACUAUAUUUCCAGUACUGAGCCAGGAUAGCAGCAUUUAUUAUGAACCUUGUUUUGUUGAAAAUUCAAUACACUAAGAAUUGAAAAUGUAUGUCACCCGCCCUGAAUGUACGAUAGUAGAAUCUAUAUUUGAAUUGUUUAAUGCUUUUUAGAAAGAGCAGUAAAUGUAUCGCUGUGAAUCAUUUUGAGGAUGUAUUGUUCAUGUACUUACUGCUAACAAGCAGAUCGAUGAGGGAUCCAUCUGCCAGUAUUCAAGUAUAUGGGCAUUUUCAUAGCUAUUG